CGCAACACAACACGAGUGUUGUACACAAGCAGCAACCACAAUUUCCUCAUCUACGACAGACACUUCCCUCCUUCCUUCCUUGCUGUGUUGAAUUUAUUGUCUAUUGUGUUGCAAUGCCAGCAAGACGCACCUCCACCCGGGCUGCGCGCCUGCCUCAAUCGCAGUCCCUGCAAUCCAUCCAGCGCUUCACCCGCGCUUCCAAGCCCGGCACUGCCUCGUCGACUGUUCUCGAUGGGAAGGAUGGCCCCGUGAAGCCGCUGCCUGUGUCUGCUUCCACGUCGUGUCUGACUUCAUCGCCGUCGAAGAAGCGGAAACUAAACAGCAUCCCCAGCAGUCACGACGCCAGCGAGGAAGCUGUCGAGGAUACCCCCUCCAAGACAGUCAAAUUCAGUUCCCUUUCCGUCACGACUCCACGUAGCACGGGCUCUCGCUCUCUCGCUCGCACGCACUCGCGCAAGCGUCUGUGUUCAGAAACCAGUCAUGAUCCUGUUGACGAGACACCAGCCCACCCCGCCGCUUUCGACGACUUUGUGGCUCUACAUUCCUGCUUUCUACGAGCCCUCGGAUACCACUUUGCGCACAAGGGCACGACGGCACCGGCCGACGUGAAGGAGAUAUUACCGAGUACUGAGAAGUUAUGGAAGAAGAGGAAAGUUUUGGUUAAAGACUUGCAACGGAUUAUCCAGAUCUGGGAUGAUGACAAUAGCGCUGCUGAUGCGUCUACUAAAUUACGCUUUCGUAUUGCAAACUACGGCCUGGGGAAGGUCUGUUUGGAACGAGUAUCUGCUCCGUCUGGCCCGUUUAAUGAGAAUGAAGUGCACGCGCGGUUCGUGCAGUUGUUGGAAAUGAAAUGGAGGGAGAGGGUGGAUGUGAAAGGCGAUGGAGUGGAUUUUAUAGAGAGUCUAGCCCUCGCGCCCAUCCACGACUCGCUGACCCCGUUCAAUGCACUACGAAAAGGCCAGCAGCGGCUACAGGAUCUCAAGGGCGGCGUUAUCAAAGUCAAGACCGCAAUACUCAAAGCCCGAUCCGGCGAGGCGGGCGACGGUGAGCCCACCGUUCGCGAUCCCACCGCUGAUCGAAGAAAAGGGCUGCUCGAGCGGAUUAGGAAGAAGGAACAACUACAAUCCGAACUAGGCCCGCCACCAACAAAAGAGCAGCUCCUGCAACGCUCAGCGGCCCAGCGCGCGGAGGACGUCGCGCGCGUGUUGGCGUUACUACGCCCUCCGCAUGUGCUGAGAAAUGGCGGAGCGAUGGCGAUGCAGCGGAAGCCGUAUAAGUGGGAAAUGCUGAUUCAGACUGUUCAGGACUCGUUAAGGAAUUUCACCCCUGCAGACGAGAUUGCGGCGUGUUUGGAGAUUCUGGGGCGGAAAGAUGUUGCUGCGGACUGGAUUGAAAUUGUCUCGAUCGGGAAGCUGAGAUCGGUGAUUUUGAUGUCCGGUUUUGAUGUUUCGCCAAAGGAUAUUGGGGUUCGAGUCAGUAAGAUGGAAUUUUAAGCAUGUCUAUUUCAUGUGAGCGAUUGUUUGUUAGCGACGGCAUUGGGUAGCGUUGUGAUGCUUAUUUAAUGUACUGCAUACUAUAUUUCUGUCAUUCUUAGAUUCCUAUGAAAUUACCAUGGAUAUACUAA